AGGGGCGUGUCCCCCAGUCUGUCACCUCCCCGGCAAACAGGAGAGUCCGAGGAUCCCACUGCAAAGAUGCACCACCGGGGAGUGGGGGCCGGUGCCAUCGCCAAAAAGAAGCUGGCAGAGGCAAAAUACAAGGAACGUGGGACAGUUUUGGCUGAGGACCAGUUAGCCCAGAUGUCCAAGCAGCUGGACACGUUCAAAACAAACCUGGAAGAGUUUGCCAGUAAACACAAACAAGAGAUUCGUAAAAAUCCCCAGUUCAGAGUCCAGUUCCAAGACAUGUGUGCAACGAUUGGGGUUGAUCCGCUGGCCUCUGGCAAAGGAUUCUGGUCCGAAAUGUUGGGGGUUGGAGAUUUCUAUUAUGAAUUAGGGGUCCAGAUUAUUGAAGUCUGUCUGGCUUUGAAGCACAGAAAUGGAGGCCUAAUAACACUGGAGGAGCUCCACCAGCAAGUGCUCAAGGGAAGAGGGAAAUUUGCCCAGGAUGUCAGCCAGGAUGAUCUCAUCCGAGCGAUUAAGAAGCUGAAAGUUCUAGGAAAUGGCUUUGGGAUCCUUCCUGUCGGCGGAACCUACCUGAUCCAGUCUGUGCCAGCAGAACUGAACAUGGAUCACACUGUUGUGAUACAGCUUGCUGAGAAAAAGGGGUAUGUAACUGUCAGUGAAAUUAAGUCCAGUUUAAAGUGGGAGACAGAACGAGCCAAGCAGGUGCUGGAUCACCUGCUCAAAGAAGGCAUGGCCUGGCUUGAUACCCAGGCUCCAUCAGAGCCGCAGUACUGGUUGCCUGCCCUCUUCACAGAGCUUUAUUCUCAAGAAAUCACUCCAGAAGAAGCCAAGGAAGCCUUACCUUGACAAUCCAUUGUAUGAUGGAAUCAAAUGACACAUUUUGCAUUAAAUGGAGAAGCACCUCAUAUUUUAGUAACAUAAGAUGGAGCGGUAUUGAAUCCUUUUGAGUUUUUGUUCAAUAUCUUUAUGUAAAGUGGCCACUGAAUAUGAGACUUCGACUAACUGUAGAGAAAGACAUUUUGUUAGCAAGUUUCUAAUUCUCACGACUGGGAAAUCCUUUGUAAAGAUAAAAACGUGACUGCAUAUGGACUAUAGGAUGUCUCUUUUCCAUUCCGACUCAAUUUCUAAACUCUACAAUUAUAGUAGGAAAUAUUUACCUUAUAUGUUGCCUGUUCCACCAAAGGAGAACACAAUGCAACUGGCAAAAGAGAAUGUUAUCAAGCACAAUUCAAAAUAUAUUAUUUAAGCUCUCUGCUGACACUCCUAUGGGAUAUAGCUAAAUCUGGACUGCAGAAGAAGCUGAGGGAUUUGCGUGAAAGACACCUUCCCUUUUUGGAACUGCUCUGUGAGCUUCUGUCACAGGGAUGACGAACAUUGAGUCCCUAGGCCAAAUCAUGCCUUCCUGGGUGGCCCAUACAACCUUCCCUAUUGCAAUACUGUUUGAUUUCCCUUAUUCUGAAUGUUGGAAAGCCUCAAUUAAGACAUAGAUUCUUGCUUAUAAACAAUACUCAUUUGAGUGAAUCUUCUCCUUAGUGGGAAAUAUCCACUAGUAUUCAUGCAAGGCAAAUUAGGCUUCUCAGUUGUUAGACUGAUAUACCUGGUUAUCUCUGAACAGUUAGGAACAAAGAUAUGCCAGUGCACAAAAUAUAUAGCAGAUGUUCAGAAGUGUUAUUUCAGUUAUAUAUAGUAAUAUAUAAUACUAAUAUACAGUAGAGUCUUGCUUAUCCAACAUAAACAGGCCGGUAGAACAUUGGAUAAGCGAAAAUGUUGGAUAAUAAGGAGGGAUUAAGAAAAAGCCUAUUAAAUGUCAAAUUUUGUUAUGAUUUUACAAAUUAAGCACUCAAAACAUGUUUUACAAUGAAGCGACAGAAAAAGCAGUUCAAUUCACAGUAAUGAUAUGAAGUAAUUACUGUAUUUACGAAUUUAGUGCCAAAACAUUGCAAUGUGUUGAAACAGCUGUGGAUUUGGGCAGGAGGCAGACUGCGUUGGAUAAUACAGAACGUUGGAUGAGUGAAGGUUGGAUAAGCGAGACUCUACUGUAGUUAUUGAUAGUAAGAACCUUAAGCAAAAAGACAGUUAAAUAAGCGUCUUCAAGUUGUCCAUCAACUUAGAGUGACAUCAUUUCAUAAGGUUUUCUUAGGAUCUGUUGUCUUCAGAGUAUUUAAAAUAAACUUCAGUUGUCUUCUUGGCCCAACCCUUUUCUCUUGGCUCAAUACAUUGUUGGAAUGCAUAACUGCGGAACUUUUCUAGAAUUGAAUCCAACCCCUGAAGAACCCGAGAGCCACAAAGCAGCACACAGAAGAAACGUCAGAUCCUGCCAAAACAAACUUUAUUGCACAAAAAACCCUUUAUGUACAAUUUUAUAUAAACAAGGUUUCAUUAUUUGAAAA